ACAGUCAGGUCCUGGAAUCAUCACCAACGAACACCUCUCUCUAUAAUCUCCUUCUCUCUCUAAAAAAUUCGAUCCGCACCGCAGCCCAAUCCGAUCGCCGCCCCGAUCGCCGCCGCCCGCCGCCGCUCGCCGGGGAAUCUCCGCCCCGCCUUCCUCCAUCGAUCCUCCAUGAUCGUUAGGGUUUAGGCAGGGGAUCCCGAUCGCCGAUUCCCCUCCCCUCCCCUUCCCCCCGCCGCCCAGCGGGCUCGGCCGCCGCGCGAUUUCCCCGAAAAUCUUCCGAACUGGGGGCGCAUCAGUCGCAGCCUCACCGAGCCGCAUCGGCGCAGGCUGGCGCUUCGGGACUCUGGUUCUUCGCCCGCCGCAACGAUGCCCCCAAGUACCACACCCUAGCCUACCUCCCGCAGUUCGACUCCGCCCACCGCCACCCCCCGACCGCCGCCCCGCCCCUCCUCCUCCGCCGCCCCCGCCGCCGCGGCCGCGCCCCCGCCCCCGUCCCCGUCCCCAUGGACGCCUCGAAUUACGGCGGCUCCGCUGUCCCGGUCGAGGAGCCGGAGUACCUCGCCAGGUACAUGGUGGUCAAGCACUCGUGGCGCGGCCGCUACAAGCGGAUCCUCUGCAUAGCGAGCGGGGCGAUCAUCACGCUGGAUCCGAACACGCUCGUGGUGACGAAUUAUUACGACGUUGGGAACGACUACGACGGCGCGCUGCCGGUGCUCGGCCGGGACGAGAACUCGAGCGAGUUCAGCUUGAGCGUGAGGACCGAGGGCAAGGGGAAAUUCAAGGGGAUAAAGUUUUCGUCGCGGUACCGGGCGAGUAUAUUGACGGAAUUGCACAGGAUCAGGUGGAGUAGGAUUGGACCGGUGGCUGAGUUCCCUGUUUUGCAUUUGCGGCGAAGAAACGGGGAAUGGGUUCCCUUCAAAUUGAAAGUGACUUAUGUUGGGGUUGAGCUCGUUGACCUGAAGUCUGGUGAUCUUCGGUGGUGCUUGGAUUUUAGAGACAUGGGUUCUCCAGCAAUUAUUCUCCUCUCUGAUGUUUAUGGAAAGAAAAAUGGUGGACAUAGCGGAUUUAUUCUUUGUCCAUUAUAUGGAAGGAAGUCUAAGGCUUUCCAAGCUGCUUCAGGAACUACAGACACUGCUAUCAUCUCAAGUUUGACGAAAACGGCGAAAUCCAUGGUCGGGUUAUAUUUAUCUGUGGACAGUUCUCAAUCUCCUACUGUAGCUGAGUAUAUAAAGCAACGAAGGAAAGAGCCUGUUGGAGCGGAAGAAGCCCCUCUUGGGGGUUGGUUGGUGAUGAGGUUGCGCACUGCCGCGCAUGGAACUUUAAAUUUUCCGGGACAGGGUUUCAGUGUUGGUCCUAAAGGAGGUAUUGGAGAACAUGGUGAUUCUGUACCUCGUCAACUUAUACUUACAAAGAUUUCUAUUGUCGAGAGGCGCCCUGAUAAUUAUGAAGCUGUUAUUGUUAGGCCGUUAUCUGCAGUAAGCUCUCUUGUUCGGUUUGCGGAAGAGCCCCAGAUCUUUGCGAUUGAAUUUAAUGAUGGAUGCCCUGUACAUGUUUAUGCCAGCACAUCUCGUGAUAGCUUACUUGCUACAGUUCGUGAUGUCCUGCAAACUGAAGGUCAGUGUGCGGUACCUGUGCUACCAAGGCUGACGAUGCCUGGUCACCGUCUUGAUCCGCCUUGUGGAAGGGUGCACAUAUCACUGCAUCAAUCUCUAACUGGACAACAGCGUCAUGUUGCUGAUAUGGAAAGCGCGUCAAUGCACUUAAAACACUUAGCAGCAUCUGCCAAAGAUGCUGUGGCAGAAGCUGGUUCUAUUCCUGGUUCAAGAGCUAAGCUGUGGCGCAGAAUUAGAGAGUUCAAUGCAUGUAUACCAUAUGGUGGCGUGCCUCCUACUAUAGAAGUACCCGAAGUUACUUUAAUGGCCUUAAUAACUAUGCUUCCAGCAACUCCCAACUUUCCUCCUGAGUCCCCUCCUCUUCCGGCGCCUUCUCCUAAAGCAGCUGCAACAGUUGUUGGCUUUGUCACAUGUUUGCGUCGAAUAUUGGCUUCAAGGAAUGCAGCUUCACAUGUGAUGUCCUUUCCUGCUGCUGUAGGGAGAAUAAUGGGUUUGCUUAGAAAUGGGUCAGAGGCUAUUGCUGCUGAAUCUGCAGGGCUUGUUGCUGGACUUAUUGGUGGUGGUCCUGGAGAUUCAAAUACUAUGACAGAUUCUAAGGGAGAGCAGCAUGCCACAAUUAUGCACACUAAGUCGGUGUUGUUUGCAAAUCAUGAUUAUAUUAUUAUUCUUGCUAACAGACUUAAGCCUAUGUCAGUAUCCCCCUUAUUGUCCAUGGCAGUUGUUGAAAUUUUAGAGGCCAUGAUAUGCGAGCCACACAGUGAAACUACUCAAUACACAGUUUUUGUUGAGUUGUUACGUCAGGUUGCUGGUUUACGUCGGCGGUUGUUUGCCUUGUUUGGGCACCCUGCUGAGAGCAUCAGGGAAACUGUUGCUGUAAUAAUGCGAACAAUUGCAGAAGAAGAUGCCAUUGCCGCUGAGUCCAUGCGGGAUGCUGCUCUCCGUGAUGGUGCUCUACUGAGGCAUCUCUUGCAUGCUUUUUUUCUUCCUGCUGGGGAACGCCGCGAAGUUAGUCGGCAGCUUGUUGCUCUUUGGGCGGAUUCAUAUCAACCGGCUCUUGAUUUGUUAUCUAGAGUUUUGCCUCCAGGACUGGUUGCUUAUUUGCGUACAAGAACUGCAGGGUCUCUCUCAGAAGAUGCACACCAAGAAGUAUCUGUCUUGAGUAGAAGGCGCAGACGUCUUCUUCAGCAGAGGAAAGGUCAUGUUGGAAACAGAUUGCAAGAACAUCUGCAACCAUCAACUAACAAUUUUGAAGGAGGCGAUAGGGUGAGGCAGACUAAUGCUGGUGGUUUUAGAGGGGCCGAUAGCUAUCAACGAUCAGCUCUUGAUCCUGCUUUUGGACAGGCUUCUGGCACUAAUCCCCCUUCUUCUCGUACAGUUGAAAAUUUGAAUGGGGAUAUGACCUCCAAUGGGGUUGCUCCUCAUGAUCCUCCAUCUUUUGCUACUUCAGCUAAUGUACAAUCACCAAAUCCACCCGAUGCAUCAGAACCAACUGAGCCAAGCACAAUUGAUUCUGAUCCUAACACUGUUGGUUACCAGGACAAUGGCCUUCCAGCUCCUGCUCAGGUUGUAGUGGAGAAUACUCCUGUGGGAUCUGGGAGGCUACUUUGCAAUUGGCCUGAGUUUUGGCGAGCUUUUAGUCUGGAUCACAAUCGUGCGGAUUUAAUAUGGAAUGAGCGAACUAGGCAGGAGUUGAGGGAGGCUUUGCAGGCUGAAGUUCACAAAUUGGACGUUGAGAAAGAACGCACAGAAGAUAUUGUUCCAGGAGGUGCAACAAUAGAACUUUUGACAGGGCAAGAGAGUGUACCUCAAAUAUCAUGGAAUUAUUCUGAGUUCUUAGUUAGUUAUCCUAGCUUAUCUAAGGAAGUUUGCGUGGGUCAAUAUUAUUUACGAUUGCUGCUUGACAGCAGCACCAAUGGCAGGGCACAAGAUUUUCCUCUGCGUGACCCUGUUGCUUUCUUUAGGGCUCUGUAUCAUAGGUUCUUAUGUGAUGCAGACAUAGGACUUACUGUUGAUGGUGCUAUUCCUGAUGAAUUGGGUUCAUCUGAUGAUUGGUGUGACAUGGGAAGAUUGGAUGGCUUUGGAGGAGGCGGCGGCUCUUCAGUUAGAGAGCUUUGUGCUAGGGCGAUGGCAAUUGUUUAUGAGCAGCAUCACAAAACAAUAGGUCCUUUUGAGGGCACAGCCCAUGUUACUGUUCUCUUAGACAGAACUGAUGAUAGAGCAUUGAGGCACCGCCUUCUUCUGCUACUGAAGGUUCUAAUGAAGGAUUUAUCAAAUGUUGAGGCUUCUGUCUUGGUUGGUGGGUCUGUGUUGGCUGUUGAUCUGUUGACAGCAGUUCAUGAAGCAUCAGAAAGGACAGCGAUCCCUCUGCAGUCAAACCUGAUAGCUGCUACUGCAUUUAUGGAACCACUGAAGGAAUGGAUGUUUACUGAUAAAGAUGGUGUACAAGUUGGACCUGUGGAGAAAGAUGCAAUUAGAAGGUUUUGGUCAAAGAAAACAAUUGAUUGGACGACUAGGUGUUGGGCUUCUGGGAUGGUUGACUGGAAAAGACUGCGUGAUAUUCGCGAACUGCGAUGGGCUUUAGCUAUUCGGGUUCCAGUGCUCACGCCAGCACAGAUAGGGGAGGCAGCAUUGUCCAUAUUGCACAGCAUGGUGUCUGCUCAUUCUGAUAUAGAUGAUGCUGGAGAAUUAGUCACUCCAACUCCCAGAGUGAAAGGAAUCCUGUCAAGUCAGCGCUGCCUCCCGCACAUUGCACAGGCAAUGCUUUCUGGUGAACCAAGUAUUGUGGAGAGUGCUGCGGCAUUGCUGAAGGCUAUUGUUACGAGAAAUCCCAAAGCUAUGAUUCGGCUAUAUAGCACUGGCGCCUUUUAUUUUGCCCUUGCAUACCCUGGAUCUAAUCUUCUUUCAAUUGCACACCUCUUCUCAGUCACUCAUGUCCAUCAAGCAUUUCAUGGAGGUGAAGAAGCGGCAGUUUCUUCGUCUUUGCCACUGGCAAAACGGAGUGUCCUUGGUGGGCUCCUUCCAGAGUCAUUGCUAUAUGUGUUGGAGCGGAGUGGUCCUGCUGCAUUUGCAGCAGCAAUGGUUUCUGAUUCUGAUACUCCAGAGAUUAUAUGGACCCACAAGAUGCGAGCAGAAAAUCUCAUCCGCCAGGUUUUGCAACAUCUUGGUGAUUUUCCCCAGAAAUUGUCUCAGCACUGUCAUUCUUUAUAUGAAUAUGCUCCAAUGCCACCUGUGACAUAUCCAGAGCUAAGAGAUGAGAUGUGGUGUCACCGAUAUUACCUUCGUAACUUGUGUGAUGAGAUCCGAUUCCCUAAUUGGCCAAUAGUAGAACAUGUCGAAUUCCUGCAGUCCCUACUUGUAAUGUGGCGUGAAGAGCUAACAAGAAGACCUAUGGAUCUUUCAGAAGAAGAAGCUUGCAAAAUUCUGGAGAUUUCCCCAGAAGAUAUAUCAAGUGAUGAAGUUGCCAAGAACGUUUCUAUCGAUACAUUUGAGGAGACAGCCAGUAUCUCCAAGCAAAUUGAGAACAUUGAUGAAGAAAAGCUGAAGAGACAAUAUAGGAAGCUUGCAAUGAAAUAUCACCCUGAUAAAAAUCCUGAAGGAAGAGAGAAGUUUCUUGCUGUGCAAAAAGCUUACGAACGUCUCCAGGCCACAAUUCAAGGGUUGCAAGGUCCCCAGACUUGGAGGUUGUUGCUUCUACUGAAAGGACAGUGUAUUUUGUACCGACGUUAUGGGGAUGUGCUCGAGCCUUUUAAAUAUGCUGGCUAUCCAAUGUUGCUGAACGCUGUGACUGUGGACAAAGAUGACAACAAUUUCCUAUCUUCAGAAAGAGCACCUCUUCUUGUUGCUGCAUCAGAGCUUCUGUGGCUAACGUGUGCAUCAUCUUCUCUGAAUGGUGAAGAGCUCGUGAGGGAUGAUGGGAUACAGCUCCUUGCGAAUCUUUUAUGUCGAUGCAUGGGUGUUGUUCAGCCAACUACUCCGGCAAGUGAACCAUCUGCAAUUAUUGUGACUAAUGUGAUGCGGACAUUUGCUGUCUUAAGCCGGUUUGAAAGUGCCAGGGUAGAGAUGCUUGAGUUUUCUGGUUUAGUCGACGACAUUGUGCACUGCACUGAACUUGAGCUUGUACCUGGGGCCGUGGAUGCUUCCUUGCAGACUAUUGCCCAUGUCUGUGUAUCCUCAGAGUUGCAAAAUGCUUUGUUGAACGCUGGUGUGUUGUGGUACCUUGUGCCCUUGUUGCUUCAGUAUGACUCAACUGCAGAGGAAUCUGGUGCCAAUGAGUCACCUGGUGUUGGUGCUAGUGUUCAAAUUGCUAAGAAUUCACAUGCUCUGCGAGCAGCCCAGGCCUUAUCCAAGCUUAGUGGUUUGUGUAUUGAUGGGAGCUCGACACCUUAUAAUCAAGAUGCAGCUGAUUCUCUCAGAGCUUUGCUUACCCCUAAACUUGCCAGCUUGUUGAAAGAUCAUGUCCCUAAAGAUCUACUAUCCCGCUUGAACUCAAACCUCGAGUCUCCAGAAAUCAUAUGGAAUUCAUCGACCCGAGCAGAAUUACUGAAGUUUGUGGAUGAACAACGUGCAGCCCAAGGACCAGAUGGUACAUAUGAUCUGAAGGAAUCGCAUGGGUUUGCUUAUAAAGCGCUAUCAAAAGAACUCUAUGUUGGCCAAGUGUAUUUGAGAGUGUACAAUGACCAACCGGAUUCUGAGAUUAGUGAGCCAGAAGCAUUCUGUGUUGCUUUAGUAGAGUUUAUAUCAUCUGUUGUGCACAACAAAUAUCCUGUAGAUACAUAUCUUCCGAGUAAUGGUAACCAGAGUGAACUGGUGCCUGAAUCACAUGAGUCUCAAGGUGACAAGACUGAUGGUAACCAGAGUGAACUGGUGCCUGAAACACACGAGUCUCAAGGUGACAAGACUGAUGGAUUAGGUGAUGGGCAACAUGUGCCCCCUGAAUCUGCAGUAGUAUCUGAGGGGCAUGUAGCAGAGAAGGAAGAAUUUCCCCUAGUCAAGAAUCUUGGGUUUGGAUUAAUCUCGCUUCAGAAUCUGCUCACAAGCAAUCCUAAUCUAGCAUCGAUACUUUCUUCAAAAGAAAAGCUCGUGCCGAUCUUUGAGUGCUUUUCUGUGCCUGAAGUAUCUGAAAGCGACAUCCCUCAGCUUUGCUUGAGUGUAUUGUCACUAUUGACUACUUAUGCCCCCUGCUUAGAGGCCAUGGUGGCAGAUGUCUCUAGCAUCCUUCUAUUAUUUCAGAUGCUUCAUGCCUCCCCUAAAUGCCGCGAGGGGGCUCUACAUGUUCUUUAUGCAUUGGCAAGCACACCAGAACUUGCAUGGGCAGCUGCCAAGCAUGGUGGAGUGGUCUAUAUUCUUGAGCUUCUUUUGCCUAGACAAGAAGAGAUCCCAUUGCAGCAAAGAGCGUCAGCAGCCUCUCUGUUGGGAAAGCUCCUUGGGCAGCCAAUGCAUGGUCCUCGAGUUGCUAUUACCCUAGGGAGAUUUCUCCCAGAUGGCCUUGUAUCAGUUGUUAGGGAUGGACCGGGUGAGGCUGUGGUGUCAGUGCUUGAACAGACUACAGAGACGCCAGAACUUGUAUGGACACCCGCAAUGGCCACUUCUUUAUCAGCUCAAAUAGCGACCAUGGCAUCAGACCUUUAUCGUGAACAGAUGAAAGGACGCAUGAUUGAUUGGGAUGUGCCUGAACAGACACCUGCCCAGCAGGAAAUGAGAGAUGAGCCCCAGGUGGGUGGAAUAUAUGUUAGGCUUUUCCUGAAAGAUCCCAAGUUUCCCCUUAGGAACCCAAAGAGAUUUUUGGAAGGACUGCUCGAUCAGUACUUGUCAUCAAUUGCAGCCACACAUUACGAUGCACAAGCUGUGGACCCUGAGCUUCCGAUGCUGUUGUCAGCUGCUUUGGUUUCCUUACUGCGAGUUCACCCUGCACUAGCAGAUCACGUUGGUUAUCUUGGAUACGUGCCAAAGCUUGUUGCUGCAGUUGCCUAUGAGGGGAGACGAGAAACAAUGUCAUCAGCAGGAUUGAACACUGGAAGUACCACAGAGAGAACAGAGGAAUCUGAGGAUGGGUCUGCCCAACCUACUCAAACUCCUCAAGAGCGUGUACGUCUUAGUUGCUUACGCGUUCUACAUCAACUUGCAUCUAGUACUACUUGUGCAGAAGCAAUGGCAGCGACUAGUGUUGGAUCACCUCAGGUUGUUCCUCUUCUAAUGAAAGCCAUAGGAUGGCAAGGGGGAAGCAUAUUAGCACUUGAGACAUUAAAGCGUGUUGUUGGUGCUGGAAAUAGGGCCAGGGAUGCGCUUGUUGCACAAGGACUCAAGGUUGGUCUUGUGGAGGUACUUCUUGGUCUUCUUGACUGGAGAGCUGGAGGCAGAAAUGGUCUUUGCUCGCAAAUGAAGUGGAAUGAAUCUGAGGCAUCUAUCGGUAGAGUGCUGGCAAUUGAGGUACUGCAUGCAUUCGCAACGGAAGGUGCCCACUGUACCAGAGUCCGUGAAAUACUAGAUUCCUCUGAUGUAUGGAGCGCAUACAAAGAUCAGAAACAUGACCUUUUCCUCCCUUCAAAUGCUCAAUCUGCCGCUGCCGGAGUUGCUGGUCUAAUUGAGCAUUCUUCAUCCAAGCUUACUUAUGCACUACCUGCUCCCCCACCACAAGCUUCUAAACCCCCAAGUGCAGCGGUAACUGAUAUAAAUGGAGAACAACACUUUUUUAGAGUUAAAGGGAAGCAAGAGGUUUCCUAGCCAGACUCUGCGGUACUUUAGUGUAGGACACUGUACAGUUUGAUCAAUCCUUUCCUAUUUCUUCUUUUUCUUCUCUCCAUCUCGGGGUCGACGGCAUGCCAUAUGCGGAUUUUCUUUUUAUUUAUCUUGAAUGAGGAAAGCUUUUCAUUUUUUUUACUGUAAAAAGGUGCUUGAAUCUUUCUGUAUAUCGAUUUCUCCUUUUUCCUUUUUUUUUUCCCUUAUUUUCUUAAAUAGCUGAGUUGAUCUUGUGUAUAUACACUGUAAAAAUAUUUCUUGAUCAAAGUAUUUAGUCAAUUUUAUAUUCUA